CGCGCUACGGAAGAGUCUCGGUGCUGGGGACGAAAUUCUGUCACUGACAGAACAUCAAAUCAUCAAACCGAUUACCGACAUCAUCAAACCGAACCGCGGCAUUCGGUUAUUCACCUCAUACACACGAGCAACAACAUCUAACCGUCUCCACCGUCAGUCGGGUCGCGAUGUUACUGUCGGCGGUACCGAAGCGUUUGCUCGUGCGCAGGUCGCGCAGUUUGUCACCUUGCCGCGCGCUACACACCGGUCCGGGAGAGAGCGCGCGCGAGCUGCACACGGGCACCAGCGCGAGCAGCAGGACUCCGGGGGUGUUCGGGUCUCGCGCUUCCACACGGUGCACAGUCAGCGAGCACGCGCAGUACCGGCAGCUCACCAGCCGGUGGUGCGCGAGCCUGCAGAACCGAAGGAGCUCGUGGGCCGCCGUGCUUACAGCAACGAGUUCCGGUCAUAAGAGCAGCAGGGAGGAGGAGAGCGGCGGGGGGUGGGGGGUCCUGUCCGCUGCUGCGGUGGCUCUGUGUUUACAGAAAAACACCAAUGAUGCAGGUGAAGCUCUCGUGGAAGCCGCCAGAACACACAAUACUGAGGAAGUGAAAAGGUUGUUAGCAGAUGGAGCAGAUCCAAACACUCGACACCGGCUGGGCUGGACUGCACUCAUGGUCGCCUCCAUCAACAGAAACCAUAAUGUGGUGAAGGUUCUGCUGGAGGCCGGUGCUGAUCCGAAUCUGGGAGACGACUUCGGCAGUGUUUAUUCUACAGCACGGGAUCAAGGAAUUCACUCUCUGGAGGUUUUGGUGACGAGGGAGGACGAGUUCAGUAACCGUCUGAGCAGUCGGGCAAGUUUUCGUGGCUGCACCGCCCUGCACUACGCCGUCCUGGCCGACGACCUCCGUACCGUCCGCAUGCUCCUCGAUGCAGGUGCCAACCCCUCGCAGCAGAAUGAGCUGGGACACACUCCGCUGGCAUACGCCAAGCAGGGGGAGAUGCAGAACCUGUUACAGGAGUCGGAGAGCAAGUUUCUAGAGGAGCAGAAGAAGAGGGAGGCGGAGGAGAGGAGGAGGUUUCCUCUGGAGCGUCGGCUGAAGGAACACAUCAUCGGACAGGAAGGAGCCAUUAACACCGUCGCCUCAGCCAUCAGGAGGAAGGAGAACGGCUGGUACGAUGAAGAACAUCCCCUGGUCUUCCUCUUCCUCGGCUCUUCUGGAAUCGGUAAAACUGAGCUGGCGAAGCAGGUAGCUCGUUACAUGCAAAAAGACGUCAAGAAGGGUUUCAUUAGAAUGGACAUGUCUGAAUUCCAGGAGAAACAUGAGGUUGCGAAGUUUAUCGGUUCUCCACCAGGUUACGUGGGUCAUGAAGAAGGAGGUCAGCUCACCAAACUACUGAAACAGUGUCCGCACGCUGUGGUACUGUUUGACGAGGUGGAUAAAGCGCAUCCUGAUGUUCUCACCAUCAUGCUCCAGCUGUUUGAUGAGGGUCGCCUGACGGACGGUAAAGGAAAAACCAUCGAAUGUAAGGACGCCAUCUUCAUCAUGACGUCCAACGUGGCUAGUGAAGAAAUCGCCCAUCAUGCACUGCAGCUGAGACAGGCAGCCCGAGAGCAGAGUCGCAGACGCCUGGCAGAGAACCUGGACGCGGUUCAGCAGAGCGAUCAGAUCACCAUCUCCAAACAGUUCAAAGAGGACGUGAUCAGACCCAUCCUGAAGGCUCAGUUCAGGAGGGACGAGUUUUUGGGACGGAUUAACGAGAUCGUUUACUUCCUCCCUUUCUGCCACUCUGAGCGCAUCCAGCUGGUCAGUAAGGAGCUCAACUACUGGGCAAAAAAGGCGAAGCAGAGGCACAACAUCACCCUGCUGUGGGAGCGGCCGGUGCUGGAGCUCCUGGCUCGCGGCUAUAACCUCCACUACGGAGCGCGCUCCAUCAAACACGAGGUGGAACGUCGGGUAGUGAACCAGUUAGCAGCAGCGUAUGAGCAGGAUCUCCUACCGAAGGGCUGCACCCUGCGCCUCAGUGUGGACGGAGAUCUGGAGCAGGAGAAGGAAGGAGGAGCGGGUCCGUCCCUACGUCUGGAACUGGUGGAAAAAGACAGCAAAGCACGAAAACUGGAAAUCCGGCCGCCGCUCAACCCUGAGGAGGUGCUGUACGCUCACUAAUCACACGCUCUGUCCCAACAACAUGUAAACAUGGUAAAAUCUGAGCUGAGUGGGCUACCAAACAGUAUUAUUAUUAUUAUUAUUAUUAUUAUUUAUAAUUCAUUAUUGUAGAUGAGAAAUGUAGCUAAAAUGUUGUUGUUGGUACCUGACUCUCAUCACUAUCAGUUAGAAUCUGUGACACUAAACUUCAUUACUGAACAUAUUCUGCGCCGCGCCUCACAGCAACACGUUAAUAAAGACAGUGAAUAAUAAGUACAUUACUCCUCAGGUUUCCACUUUAGUUCAUGUUAGUGAAAAUGAUAAUAAAAAAAUCCUAAUAAUAAAGACCAACGUUUUUCGUUAGUUAUUAAUUAGUGAGCCGUGUGAAAUUUUUUUGAGUUUUUGCUGUGUUUAAUAAUCUUUGUGUAUUAAAAUAUUCUACAUCUAAUAA